UUCUGACUGUGAGUAUGAGGUGAGUUGAUUAAGAGACUGUUCUGACUUCUUUGAAGGCACAUUCUGUGACUCCUCAACAUAGUGUCACCUGAGGAAACAUCCCAGAUCUCGAUCAGGACCAGGACCAAUGGCUGCUUCUCAGGUCCUUCUGACUGUGAGUGUGGGGGGAGCUGAUUAACAGGUUGUGCUAACUUCUUUGAAGGCACUUUCUGAAGCUCCUCAACAUAGUGUCACGUGAGGAAACAUCCCAGACAUGGACCAAAUGGCUGCUUCUCAGGGACCAUUGACUUUCAGGGAUGUGGCCAUAGACUUCUCUCAGGAGGAGUGGGAGUGCCUGGACCCAGCUCAGCGGAACUUGUACCUGGAAGUGAUGUUGGAGAACUACAGCAAUCUGGCUUCUCUGGCUAUGUCAUCUGAAGGUAACCGGGCCUUUAUGCCAAAACCCCGAAUGCAAGAUUUAUUCUCUGAAAUAAUACUGCAGAGUAAAUAUAACGAAGACACAAAUUAUCAAUGGAACGCACAUUGGAAAAACUUUCAAAAAGAGUCAUAUCUUAAUAAACAAUGGAGAAUUGAGCUUGCUGAGGACCAUUAUAAAAGUGGAAAAGUCUUGAAACAAAUGUCCAAUCACCAUGUAGGUCAGUUAUAUCCUAUUGUGGAAAAGACACAUGAAGGAAGUAGACGUGUCAAAUCUUUUCAGAAAUCUUCAAAUUACACUGAACAAGAGAAUAUUAAUGCUGGAGAGCAAACUUACACAGCUAAUGUAUGUGGUAAAAUCGUCAGUCAAACAAUCAAUCUAAAUAGACUAAAAGAAAUCCAUAGUGGAGAAAAACAUUAUAAUAGUAAAAAUUCUAGGAAAACAUCCAAUUGUCCUUCAGGUUGUUUUCUAAAUGAAAGAAUUCUGAACGGAGACAAGCCUUACAAAUGUAAAGCAUGUGGCAAAGCCUUUAAAUCUCAUUUAACUCUCACUGUACAUGAGAGAAGACUUCACACUAGGGAGAAACUUGACAAACUUACGGGAAAUGGAAAAGGCUUUAGUCAGCCCUCAAAACAUACUCAACAUCAUAGAAAUCAUACGGAACAAAAGCCUUAUAAAUGUUCAGAAUGUGGCAAAGCCUUUAGCCAACCCUCCAAACUUAUUGUUCAUCAGAGAAUUCACACUGGAGAGAAACCUUACAAAUGUAGAGAAUGUGGCAAAGCCUUUAUUAGGUCCUCAAACCUUGGAUAUCAUCAAAGAGUUCACACUGGAGAGAAGCCUUAUAAAUGUAUAGAAUGUGACAAAGCCUUUAUCCAGUCCUCAGACCUUAGGAUUCAUCAGAGAAUUCAUACUGGAGAGAAACCGCAUAAAUGUAGAGAAUGUGGAAAAAGCUUUAGCAGCUCCUCAAAACUAAUUAUACAUCAGAGAAUUCACACUGGAGAGAAGCCUUAUACAUGUAGAGAAUGUGGCAAAGCCUUUAUUAGUCAUACAUGUCUCAUUAAACAUAACCGUAUUCAUACUGGAGAAAAACCAUACAAAUGUGGAGAAUGUGGCAAAGCUUUCAGCCAUUCCUCAUCCUUUACUUAUCAUCAGAGAGUUCAUAUUGGACAGAAGCCUUAUAAAUGUAGAGAAUGUGGCAAAGCCUUUAACUAUUCCUCAUCGCUUACUAAUCAUCAGAGAGUUCAUACUGGAGAGAAGCCUUAUAAAUGUAGAGAAUGUGGCAAAGCCUUUGGCAGCUCUUCAGUCCUUAUUAAGCAUCAGAGAAUUCAUACUGGAGAUAAGCCUUAUAAAUGUAGAGAAUGUGGCAAAGCCUUUAGAUGGUCCGCAAACCUUACUUAUCAUGAGAGAACUCACACCGGAGAGAAGCUUUAUAAAUGUAGUGAAUGUGACAAAGGAUUCAUUUCUGUACCAUGGCUUAGUUGUCAUCAGAGAAUUUAUACUGGAGAAAAGCCUUACAAAUGUAGCGAAUGUGGUAAAGCCUUUAGCCAGUCUUCACACCUUACUUACCAUCUGGAAGUUCAUACAGGAGAGAAGCCAUAUAAAUGUGAAAAGUGUGGCAAAACCUUUAGGAAUUCCUCAUUUCUUACUUAUCUUCAGAGAAUUCACAUUGGAGAGAAGCCUUAUAAAUGUAGGGAAUGUGGCAAAGCAUUCAGUAAAACAUCAUCCCUUAAUUAUCAUCAGAGAAUUCACACUGGAGAGAAGCCUUAUAAAUGUAGAGAAUGUGGCAAAGCCUUUGGUAGCUCCUCCCACCUUACUACCCAUCAAAGAGUUCAUACUGGAGAGAAGCCUUAUAAAUGUAGAGAAUGUGGCAAAGCCUUUACAGAGUCCUCACACCUUACUACCCAUCAAAGAGUUCAUACUGGAGAGAAGCCUUAUAAAUGUAGAGAAUGUGGCAAAGCCUUUACAGAGUCCUCACACCUUACUACCCAUCAAAGAGUUCAUACUGGAGAGAAGCCUUAUAAAUGUAGAGAAUGUGGCAAAGCCUUUACAGAGUCCUCACACCUUACUUGUCAUCAGCGAAUUCACACCGGAGAGAAGCCUUAUAAAUGUAGAGAAUGUGGCAAAGCCUUUACAGAGUCCUCACACCUUACUUGUCAUCAGCGAAUUCACACCGGAGAGAAGCCUUAUAAAUGUAGAGAAUGUGGCAAAGCCUUUGGCAGCUCUUCAGUCCUUACUAGGCAUCAGAGAGUUCAUACUGGAGAGAAGCCAUAUACAUGUAGAGAAUGUGGCAAAGCCUUUAGCCAGUCCUCAUCCCUUAAAAAGCAUCAAAGCGUUCACACUGGAGAUAAACCUUCUAAAUGUAGAGAAUGUGGCAAAGCAUUCAGUGAGUCCACAAAGCUUAAUCGACAUCAGAGAGUUCAUACUGGAGAGAAGCCUUAUAAAUGUAGAGAAUAUGGCAACGUCUUUAGCCGUUCCUUCUCCCUUCAUGAACAUCAGCGAAUUCAUUCUGGAGAGAAGUCUUACAAAUGUGGAAAAUGUAGCAAAGCUUUUAGUAGGCCCUCACACCUUACUUGUCAUCAGCGAAUUCACACCGGAGAGAAGCCUUAUAAAUGUAGAGAAUGUGGCAAAGCCUUUGGCAGCUCUUCAGUCCUUACUAGGCAUCAGAGAGUUCAUACUGGAGAGAAGCCAUAUACAUGUAGAGAAUGUGGCAAAGCCUUUAGCCAGUCCUCAUCCCUUAAAAAGCAUCAGAGCGUUCACACUGGAGAUAAACCUUAUAAAUGUAGAGAAUGUGGCAAAGCAUUCAGUGAGUCCACAAAGCUUAAACGACAUCAGAAAGUUCAUACUGGAGAGAAGCCUUAUAAAUGUAGAGAAUGUGGCAAAGUCUUUAGCCGUUCCUUCUCCCUUCAUGAACAUCAGCGAAUUCAUUCUGGAGAGAAGUCUUAUAAAUGUGGAAAAUGUGGCAAAGCUUUUAGUAGGCCCUCACACCUUACUAAGCAUCAGGUAGUUCAUACUGGAGAGAAGCCUUAUAAAUGUAGGGAAUGUGGCAAAGCCUAUAGCCAUUCUUCAUCUCUUACUUAUCAUCAAAGAGUUCAUACUUGAGAGAAGUCUUACAGAUGUGAGGAGUAUUAGAAGUGUUUACCAGGGAGAACUUAGUGAAUAUCACAGAAUUUAUACUGGGAAAAAGCCAAAUUAAUUUGUAAAAUAUAAAAAAGCCUUUCCAUGCUAUUCAUGUAUUACUGUACUUUACAGCCUUCAUACUAAAGAGAGACCUUACAAAACUAGGGAAUGGGCUAGAGCCGUGGUCGGCAAACUGUGGCUCACAAACCACACGCAGUUCUUUGGCAACUUUGAGUGUGGCUAUUUCACAAAAUACUACGGCUUGGUUGAGACUAUUUUGAAAAAGUGGCAUUAGAAGAAGUUUAAAAAUUUUGGCUCAAAAUAAAUUUCAAUCGUACUGUUGAUAUUUGGCUCUGUUGACUAAUGAGUUUGCAGACCACUGGGCUAUAGCAUUUACCCUCAGAUCAAAGUUUACUGAACAUCAGAGAUUUUAUAGUGAAGGAAAGCCUGUAGAAAAUGUGAGGGAGACUUUAAUGUGUGGUCAAACUUAGUACACAUUUUAA